AUGAAACUUGUGUACCAUUAUGCUAAUGCCACAACGGUUGUUGUGUCCCCUAGUGCACCUGUGAUAGUUUGGUCAAUGUCAAAUCCAUGUACAAAUACAAAUUUUACAAACUAUUUUCAAGUAGCAUUCAAUUAUACAGCUCGAGGUACGACUGAAACAUUGACAUUUGGUGUCAUGAAUGCACUAGCUCAUACAUCAAUUGAUGAUGUAUCUGUACGUGAUCUGAUCACAUCAACUGAAUUACUGUGCAACGGUGGAUUUGAAAAUGGCACUACAUGUUCACCCUGUUGGACUGGAUAUUGUGCCGUUAAUACAACGUAUUGUCAUAAUGGCAAUUAUUGUAUUUACAACGGUGCAUCAACAAUGACGUACAUGUCACAAAUAUACACUACUAGCAUUGGACGACCCAUACUAAUUAGUUUUUGGAUACGUUGGACUGGCAGUGGGAGUGGAGUCACAACAAUUGUUACAGUCCAGCCGUAA